AUGUCUUUUAGACAGCACGAUCACUCGAAACCCGUCCAUAUCCCCACCACUGAAGACGAGGUGCUUCAGUACUGGAGGGAUAUCGACGCCUUCAAGACCUCCCAAAAGCUCUCUGAAGGCAAGCCCGAGUUCAGCUUUUACGACGGUCCUCCCUUCGCGACCGGUCUUCCCCAUUACGGUCACUUGCUCGCCGGUACCAUCAAGGAUAUCGUCACCCGACAUGCCCACUCUACCGGCCACCACGUUGAGCGUCGUUUUGGCUGGGACACCCACGGUCUUCCUGUCGAGCACGAGAUUGACAAAAAGCUCAAGAUCACCGGCAAGGCGGACGUCAUGAAGAUGGGUAUCGACAAGUACAAUGCCGAGUGCCGAGACAUUGUCAUGCGAUACUCGGACGAGUGGAAGGCCACUGUUGAGAGGAUGGGUAGAUGGAUUGAUUUCGAGACUGGUUACAAGACCUUGGACCCCACUUUCAUGGAGAGUGUGUGGUGGGUCUUUGGCCAGCUGUGGCAGAAGGAGCAGGUGUACAGAGGUUUGAGGGUCAUGCCUUACUCCACUGGGUGCACUACUCCCUUGAGUAACUUUGAGGCUGGUGAGGACUACCGAAUGACCUCGGACCCUGCCAUCACUGUCUCGUUCCCUCUCGUCGACGACCCCAACACCUCUCUCCUCGCCUGGACCACCACCCCCUACACCCUCCCCUCCAACUUGGCUCUUUGUGUCAACCCCGAGUUUACCUACAUCAAGAUCCACGACUUUGAGCGAGACCAGAACUUUAUCCUCCUCGAGUCCUUGCUUGGCACGGUCUACAAGGAGCUCCAGGGCGGCAAGAAGCCCGACCCCAAGAAGGAGCCCAAGUUUAAAAAGGUCGGCACCUUCUUGGGUAAGGACAUGGUUGGCUGGCGAUACGUCCCCAUGUUUGACUACUUCACCGAGCAAUACGAGGACAGGGCUUUCCGAGUCCUCUCCGACCCUUACGUUACCGACUCUGACGGUACUGGUAUCGUCCACCAGGCCCCCGCCUACGGUGAAGACGAUCACCGAAUCUGUGUCGCCCACAAGGUCACCCGAGAGGACGAGAUCCCUCCUUGCCCCAUCGACGAGUCUGGUCGAUUCACCGCUGAAGUCCCCGAAUAUCAGGGCAAGCACGUCAAGGAGGCCGAUGCCCCCAUCAUCAAGGACUUGCAAAAGAAGGGCCGUCUCAUCACACGAUCCGACAUCAUGCACUCUUACCCCUUCUGCUGGAGAUCCGGUACUCCCCUCAUCUACCGUGCGAUCCCCUCGUGGUUCGUCCGUGUUGCCCACCUUUCCGACAAGCUUGUGGCCAAUAACGAGAAGACUCGAUGGGUGCCUUCUGCCAUCGGCGAGGGUCGAUUCGGUGGGUGGAUCAGGAACGCUAGGGACUGGAACAUUUCCCGAAACCGAUACUGGGGUACCCCCAUCCCCUUGUGGGUCAGUGAGGACUACCAGGAGAUGGUCUGUGUCGGAUCCAUCGCCGAGUUGGAGGAGCUGUCUGGUGUCAAGGGCAUCAAGGACUUGCACCGAGAGUCUAUCGACCAGAUCACCAUCCCUUCCAAGCAAGGCAAGGGUCAGCUCAAGAGGAUCGAGGAAGUCUUUGACUGUUGGUUCGAGUCUGGAAGUAUGCCUUACGCCCAGGCGCACUUCCCCUUCGAGAACAAGGAGCGAUUCCAGAAGAGCUAUCCCGCCGAUUUCAUCUCUGAGGGUAUUGACCAGACCCGAGGUUGGUUCUACACCCUUUUGGUGCUCGGUACGCACUUGUACGACACUGCUCCUUGGAAGAACUUGAUCGUCACUGGUCUUGUCUUGGCCUCCGACGGUAAGAAGAUGUCCAAGAAGCUCAAAAACUACCCCGACCCCAUGGAGGUUGUCAAAAAGUACGGAGCCGACUGUGUCCGUCUCUUCCUUGUAAACUCUCCCGUAGUGCGAGCCGAGAACCUCCGAUUCCGAGAGGAAGGUGUGCGAGAGAUCUUGACCAACGUCAUCCUCAAGUGGAUCAACUCUCUUAACUUUUACCUCGGCCAGGCCGAACUUUUCGAGCAGACUACCGGCCAGAAGUUUGUCUAUGACCCCGAGGCGAAGAAGAGUGAGAAUGUCAUGGACCGAUGGAUCUUGGCUACCUGUCAGACCCUCAUCCAGCACGUUGAGACCGAGAUGGGCGCGUACAGGCUGUACACUGUCAUUCCCAAGCUCCUCGACCUCAUCUCUGAUCUGACCAACUGGUACAUUCGAUUCAACCGAACUCGUCUUAAGGGUGCCAACGGUCCCGAGGACACCAAGUCGGCCCUGAACACCUUGUACGAGGCCCUCUUUACCCUUUGUCUUACUCUGUCAUCUUUUACUCCCUUCACUUGUGAGACUGUCUACCAAGCUCUCCGCCCCUCCUCCCCUGCCCCCAAGGAUGCCUCUGAGGACGUCCGAUCUAUCCACUUUUUGUCCUUCCCCAAGGUCAAGGCUGAGUACUUUGACCCUACCAUUGAGAGGCAGGUGCAGAGGAUGCGUGCCAUUAUCGACCUUGGUCGAUUGAUCCGAGACAGAAAGACUCUCAAGGUCAAGAUCCCCUUGAAGGAGUUGAUCAUCUUCCACCGCAGCCAAGAGUACCUCGACGACGUCAAGUCUCUUGAGGGCUACAUCAUGGCAGAGCUCAACGUCACCAAGAUUGUCUAUACCUCUGACGAGGCUUCGGUCGGUAUCAAGUACCGCGCCACCGCCGACUGGCCCACUCUUGGUAAAAAGCUCCGAAAGGACAUUGGCAAGGUCAAGUCAUACCUUCCCAAGAUGACCUCGGACGAGUGCAAGGACUUUAUUGCCACCAACAAGGUCACCAUCAACGGCGUUGAGCUUGUUGAAGGCGAUCUCAACAUUCACCGGUUCGCCGAGUUGCCCGCUGAUCAGGCCGCCGACUAUGACAGUGCUAGCGACAACGAUGCCAUCAUCUUGCUGGAUAUCCGCCGACACCCCGAGCUUGAGAGCCAGGCUCUCCUUCGUGGCCUCACUUCUCGAGUCAACAAGCUCAGAAAAGAGGCCGGGCUCAAGCCUUCUGACAAGGUGGAUGUCUUUUACCAGUACGACGAGGGAGAGGAGGAUGUCAUUAGGGCGGCCAUCGGUGGAAACGAGGACUUUUUGCAAAAGCAGAUCGGUGCUGUGCCUGUAGAGUUGAGCCAGAAGAGCGAGGGCAGGGAGUUGCUCCAGACCGAGGUCAGAAGCAAGGAGGCCGGGGAGAUUGGGCAGGGAGAGAGGUUUGUGCUUAGUCUCGCGUCGAGGGCGUAA